AUGGGCGAGCUCCUAGCAAGCCAAUCAUUCGUCUACCUUGACGAGCCUUAUAACGGCACACUGAUAAGCGAUAACUGCUACAACGCCAUAACUCUCGAAGCUCUUACCCCAAACGGACCCGUGAACAGCUGGAACUGCAUCAUGCUCUCAAUUAAUGACCAUCCAUACCUGCGCCGACAGUACAUCCCAUCCAAGUACUACCUGCGACAGAAUCCCCACGUUGUGGAGGACCAGGUAUGGAUUGGCGUUAGCAUGGACUACGGUGUGUGCAAGAAACACACUGUGCGAGAUUGGUUCAAAACACUGAAACAGGCUAUCGAGCAGGGACACUAUCUAACAACUAGGGUUCCAAAACGUGUAGGUGUUUACAACGGAACAUUCUGGAUGCAGAUGCGAGGGUACUUCAAGGAUCUAGACGAUGGCCUUGUUCAAAUUGCAGUAGAGCGACAUGUGGAUUUGUUAAAACAGCUUAUACAUCAUGGAAUUGUAACCGUCCAGAAUGAGAGGAUCCUCUCUCCCUUCACAAUGUAG